CCCGCGCGUUCCAAAUUAGACCAGACGACUCCAGAAGCUUCCUCCAUUAGUCUAAUCGAAUCUCGUUGCUUUAUUUAUCGCUCCCCGUUGGCCUCGCCGCCCGCCCGCCCGCUCGCUCGCGUCGGUUCCCUCCUCCCAGAUCUGCCGUUUAUUGACCUCCGACUCUUGAGAUUUGUUCCUGUUCCUGAUUCGAGCGAGAAAAUUCGCGAUUUCGAUCUGCGCGGAGAUGGCGGAGGAAGGGUACAAGGUUACGCUGAAUGUGUACGACCUGAGCAACGGCCUCGCGCGGCAGCUCUCCACCUCCUUCCUCGGCAAGCCCAUCGAGGCCAUCUGGCACACGGGCGUGGUGGUCUACGGGAACGAGUACUACUUCGGCGGCGGGAUCCAGUCGUCGCCGGCGGGGUCGACGCCGUACGGGCGGCCGCUGCGGAUAGUGGAGCUGGGCCUCACGCACGUCCCGCGCGAGGUGUUCGAGGACUACCUCCGCGACAUCGCGCCGCGCUACACGGCGGAGACGUACCGCCUCCUCACUCACAACUGCAACAACUUCAGCAACGAGGUCGUGCAGUUCCUCGUCGGCGCCGGCGUCCCCGACUACAUCCUCAACCUCCCCGCUGAGGUCAUGUCCAGCCCCAUGGGCCCGCUCAUCAUGCCCAUGAUCCAGAACCUCGAGUCCACGCUCCGCAGCAAUGCCGCGCCGCAGGCCACGCAGUUUGUUCCCCCGCCCGCUUACGUCUCCGUGCCGCCCCCGCCCGAGAAGGCCGCGCCUAGUUCCACCACUGCCGCGGGCUCCGACGCCAAGCCAGAAGAGCCUGCGCCAGCGGCGCAGAAGGCUGCCAAAGAAACGGCUGCUACUGCUGCUGCUGACCCACUCGGGAGCGCGAGGGGAAAGGUGCAGGAGGAGGUCAUGAGGGAGUUCGCGUCGAUCAUGGCGAGCGGGACGCUGCGAGCCAGCGAGGCAGCGGCGCUGGCGAUGCGCCGGGUUAUGGAGCGCCACGGCAACGCCGCAACCAUGCAGCAGGGCUAGACACCACACUAGAGAGCGCGACACAUGGAUGCUGCCAUGCACUUGCAAACAGCAUUAGGCUGCGAGCGCAUUGCAGCUGAUUGAGAAUUUCUGCUACUCCAUGCCGCCGCCGUAUGAAAACUAGGACUUCUGAUUAUUUUGGUUGUUAAUUACCACCGGACUGCCCAUCCAUUGGAUGAUCAAUUUGACGAGAUACGUAAAUUUUAUGUUCUGCAAA